CGUGCUUUGAGUCUCGAGACGCGCGUUUCAUGCCCACGAUCUCCUCGGGUCAGCCGACGCCCAAGCAGGCUCCUUCACUGCACCGCCGGCAGCCUCAGCGGGUAGCGCAGCCGAAGAGCCUGCCGUGGCUUUGACCAGCAGUGGCAAACGACUCGCGCAGUCGUCCGCCACAGAAAACGCAGCGCGUAUAUACGAGCAGCGGCUGAGUGGCACCCGGAUCCAGCCGGCAUGCAGCUCUCCGAGGAUGCGGUCGCGGAGCUCCGCGAGGCAUUCGCGCUCUUCGACAAGGAUGGCGACGGUGCCAUCAGCACCAAGGAACUGGGCACCGUGAUGCGCUCCCUCGGCCAGAACCCGACCGAGGCCGAACUAAGUGAAAUCAUCGCGGAACUGGACGUCGAUGGAAACGGCACCGUCGACUUCCCGGAGUUCCUAGCCCUGAUGUCCAAGAAGGCGCGCACUACGGACACCGAGGAAGAGAUUCGGGAGGCCUUCAGGGUUUUCGACAGAGACGGGAAAGGCUUCAUCGCGGCAGCAGAGCUCCGUCACGUCAUGACGACUCUUGGAGAGAAGCUUACAAACGAAGAAGUUGAUGCGAUGAUACGGGAAGCUGAUGUGGAUGGAGAUGGCCAAAUUAACUACGAGGAGUUCGUAUCGCUCAUGACUUCAGGCUAAACAUCGAAAUCUCCAUGCGUUUCUUCACUCAUUGCUUUGCCGUGACCAUAAGAAAAGUGAACAGCGCUUAAUUAAACAAUGUUGAAACGGGGGCACUGAUUACGUUUCUGGGUUCGACUCCACGUUUGCGCCUUGUCUGUGACACAGGAGCAUAUCAUAGAAUAAAGAACAUGAUGAAGUCAC